UCGAUGUCUUCGAAGAGGCUGAGGCUAAUAAAGCUGCGGGAAAGUAUGACAAUGCCUCUAUUGAUUCUCAGAUAGAAUUUUAUAAAAGAGAGGGCUUGACUCCAUAUUCUGUAGCCAAGCUCCCUAUAACUAGUGAUGUUCCUGAGGGUGUGUGAUCAUGAGGGAACAUAUUCCUAUUACGAAUCUGUUCACCUGUCUAUGGUUCAAUGAAGUGGAUCGAUUUACUGCCAGGGAUCAAUUAAGUUUUUCCACAGUGAGGGACAAGUUAAUGGCAAAAGCUGAUUGGUCCAUCAAUAUGUUUCUGGAUUGUGAAAGGCGGAACUUUGUGAUUCAGGCAUACCACAGAGAUCUGCUGGAGCAGAUGCCGCCUCCAGCAAGUCCCGCAAUACGAGCUCGACUGUCUUCAACCAUCAUCAGUACAUCUGGAAGAAGAGCUCCUGUGAAAAAGGGUAUUAGCAGCAAGCGCUCGAAGAGUGAUAGGAGGCGGCACCGGAAAGUCACUGCAGGCACUAGGGACAGAAGUUCCUUUUGAACUUCGUGUACAUUCUGAUUCAUUCGUUCAUUUAUAUAUUUUGGGAGAGGAGGAUUUCUUCAAAGAGGCAUAGGCUGAUUCCGGAGCUAGGAAAAGCUCAAAA